AUCAUUUCCUGCCUUUUCCAAACGCUCUCUUCCUCGCACGUCCUUCUCUCUCUCUGUCAUCUCCCGUUGACAACACUGCCAUCCAAGCUAGACAAAACAGAGGAAGGGUCAAAAGGGAUUCUAAUACUACACCCAGCAGCAGCUCCAUCUGUUUCUCAUCUUCCUUCCCGAGUUGGAGCCUGCCGUGGAGUUGGGUCGGAGAAUUUUGGGUCCGUUUCUGGUUGGAGCGAUUUGAUUUUCCCGGCUUGUGGGCGGCAAAAGGGACAGAGAAGAAACAGGAAGAAAGAAGCGUUUUGUGUAUUGGCUCGUCUUUUUGGACCGUUGGAGCCAAACGCGGGUGCUCUGCUCUCUCAAGAAACUGUUGCAAAGGCCAGAGUGGAAGCUGCAUUGUUCUCAUUCUUGAGUAUAUUUAGAUGAAGAAGCUAUUCUUUUUCCGGUCUUCCCCUAAUGACGGAAGCAGCAAUGCUGGGUCUCCAUCAUCAAGGAAGGAGAAUCGACCUGAAAGUGGGCUCAUAAUAGAUCACGUUGGUGACAAGCCUGGCAGUAAUUUCAGGAGCCCCAAGAGCUUGUUUUCUAACUCAAAGAAGCAAGUUCAUGAUAGCCAAAGUCCCAGUUCCAAUCCCGGUCUUAGAAAGAGUCGCUCUUAUUCAUCUGGAGCAUUUCUACUUGAUGAUGAUGGGCAGUCACACUUCUCAGUUCCAGUCAAUCGAAGUAAAUCUCCUAGCAGUUAUUCUUCUCGUAGCAGUAGGCGUGCACUUACGCCUGUGAGACAAGUUAGACAAGAGCAACAUGAAGUUCAUAGACUGGAGAGGCCUACUUCUGGUUCUACCAGCAGCAGUAAUGCUUCAACAAAGGUCUUGGACCGCUAUAUUGAUGGAGAGCAACAACUAGACAGAAGCAAGCCGAAAAAGGUUUCUUCUCAGAGAUACGUUACGUCUGGGAGUGGGAAUCCAGGUGGGAAGCUUCCACCUCGAGUCCAAUAUACUGCCCCUACUUCACCAACACAUCCUGUCAGAGAUAAACCGAAGUCUCACUCUUUUAGGGAGUCUAAACGAACCCAUUCUCGGUUUUCUUGCAAUGAUGACUGGAUGGAGAAUGAUCUUGGGCAUGGAUCACCUAGGAGACUUGCAAAGAAUGUUAUUGAGAGACUCGCUCAAGCUCACGGUUUCCCUAAAUCAAAUGCCAAGGAGGUUGAUUGUGGUGUUCCGAUCACAAUAGAGGAUGUUUAUGGUGGAUCACUAAGUAGUCGGUUCGACUCGAACCCAGAUGCUCAGGCUGGGAAAAGCUCCUUUUUCGAGGGGUCAUGUGAUGGUACUGUUGACAUGUAUCACGGAGAUGAUGAUUACUUGGGCUACCGGCAAGAUGUCCAUCAAGGAGAUGAUUUUAUGGAUAUAAAGUCUGUCAAAGGUGAUCCGGAUCCUGUUGAUAUGGAGCUGGAAAGAAGGUCAAAAGAAGCUGAGGAGAGGGUUGUUGUUCUAUCCGAAGAACUUGAGCAGGAAGGCUUUCUCCAGGAUCGGGGUUUUGAUAGUUCAUCAUUCGUCCAUUUUGUUAGAAACCUAAUGGAGGACAGGGUAAGCAUGGCAAUCGAGAUCUCAGGGCUUCUCAAGUCUCAGAUUGUGGAGAGGGAUUCUGGAAAGGAAGCACUUAGGCUGGCCAAGGCAGAUCUGGAGUCACGCAGUCUAAGACUGGAGAAGGAAAAGAAUGAGCUGCAGUCAGCAUUGGAGAAAGAGUUAGACAGGAGGUCAAAUGACUGGUCAUCAAAACUUGAGAAAUGCCAGUUAGAGGAGCACAGACUGCGUGAGAGGGUCAGAGAGCUUGCAGAGCAAAAUGUGUCUCUCCAGAGGGAAGUCUCUGCUUUUAGUCAAAGGGAGACUGAAAGCAAAAAUGUGAUGACUUAUUCGGAGCAACAAGUUAGGCAGCUGACUUCAAGUGUGCAGGAGUUGACCCAGGAAAAUGAGCACUUGCAGCAAACCUUAUCCGAGUUGCAGGAGAAGUACACAGCGGCUAGACAGGAUUUAAAUUGUAUCAGGAGAAAUUUUGAAGCAAGGGAUAAGGAGUGCAAGGAGCUACAAAAGUCAACUACAAGAUUGUUGAGGACUUGCAGUGAACAGGAGAAGACAAUCGUUGGAUUGAGGGAUGAGUUAGGUGCUGAAAUAGAGAAUCAGCAGUCAGUGGACAAAUUUGAUAAGCACGUGACAAAGAUGCGAAUGGAACAAGUGAGGUUGACUGGAGUAGAGCUGUCACUUAGAAGGGAAGUGGAAUCUCACAGAAAUGAAGUCGACUCUCUUCGACAUGAGAAUAUGAAUCUACUGAAUCGAUUGAAGGGCAGUGGGAAUGAGAUUUAUGCAGCGACUCUCAAACUAGAUCAAGAGAUGCGGACCCGUGUAUGUUGUCUGCAAAACCAGGGAUUAUCUCUGCUGAAGGAGAGCACCCAAUUGUGUUCCAAGUUGUUGGAGCAAAUCAAAGGGAAUGCAGGGGAAUGUCUAGAAACAGCACAUCGGAUGGAGUUUAUCAGAAACGGUUUAGACGGGCAUUUCCUUGUUGAAUCCGAUGUCAAAGUUCAGGGCUUUAAGCGUGGAAUAGAGAGCCUAACAAGAGGUUUGCAGUCUGUUUCAUCUAUACUGCAGGAAAAGUCGAAUCCUGUUGCUCCAUCGUAUCAGCAGCCAAAUCAUCCAACAUCAGAGGAUACAUUGAAGUUUGAACUAAAAGCUGAGGCUUUGCUUACGAGUCUGCUAAGGGAGAAGCUUUAUGCUAAAGAGAUGGAAGUUGAGCAAUUGCAAGCUGAGAUAGCAGCAGCUGUGAGAGGCAAUGACAUCCUCCGAUAUGAAGUCCAGAAUGCCAUGGAUAACCUAUCAUGUGUCACCCACCAGUUGAAAGAUUUUGAGCUUCAGAUGUCAAAGAAGGACGAAAACAUGAGUCAGCUUCAGCACGAUCUCCAAGAAUCCAUGAAGGAGCUGUCGUUGGCGAAGGGGAUACUGCCUAAAGUGACACAGGAGAGAGAUAUAAUGUGGGAGGAAGUAAAGCAGUACAACGAGAAGAACAUGCUGUUGAACUCGGAGGUAGGUUUGCUGAAGAAGAAGCUUGAGGCUCUCGACGAAGACGUGCUGGUGAAGGAAGGUCAGAUCACGAUACUGAAAGACAGCUUGAGGAAGAAGAGAUCCUUCGACCUUCUCGCGGAUCCUGAUUCCGCAGCAGAGUUCUUGUUGGAGUAGUCGAAUUGGGCUUUCGUUGUUAGGAGUAGUGUAUAGGGGAGACUGUAUACUUACAGUAUACUUGAGUGUGAAGUUAGUUGGUUCCUUGGUUUAGUCUGCUUCUUUUUCGUCGAUGCAUGGUCUCUUUGCUGUUAUCUUUUUCACCAAUAAUUGUAUGUAGUGGUUUGGUUUUCUCUUCUCUGUUACAUAGUCUUAUACAGGAUUUCUCAGGUCACUGGAAAAUUACAUCGUGGUUCAGUAAAUUUUGUUCUUGUGAUUUCAACAGAUAAAAUCUAACUGCCCAUGUCCAUAUA